UUUUGAUGUACGUUAUCAUGUUGGUAUUUCCAGUCCAAUAGAUAAAUUUGAUGGGAUGGUUAAAUAAUAGCCUGAAUGCUUUCCGGAAUAUGAUUGAUCUUUCCGGAGCCUUCUGGUUUUCCUACUGGAAUUGGCAGUAUGAAUCUAUAUUCAUUAUCCACCGUGAUAUAUGACGCUUGCUCAGCGCUGCGUUCAAGCUUAAUGACCUAACCAACCUCAGGAUAUAUUUCCUAUCCACCCAUCUGUCCUUACAUUACAUAGAAGAAUUAGCAGUACUUGUUGAAAUAACUCGAUUUUGACCAUCAAUCCGAGUAUCGUCAAUCCGAGCAUAAAAAACCAAUCUUAAAACGCACCAGUCCCCCACCACAUACAAUGAGCACUCUCGUAACAAUCGGAGCCUGCUAUCUUGAUACAAUUCUAACCGUUGACCACUACCCGGGAGAAGACGAAAAGCUCCGUGCAUCCCGCAUCUCUCGACGACGGGGUGGAAACACUCUAAAUACGCUCGAAGUUCUUCAACAGCUCCUUGGAUGCAGGCAGCAACUGAACACGAUCUCCGCGCUGUAUGCCAUCGCAGUGCUACCAGCAAAAUCGUCACCGGCCACCAAGGAACUCGAAGCAUCAUUCGGUCCCAGCUGUCGUGUCGAUCUCCAACACUGUAUAUACCGUGAGGAGUGCAGUGAGCCGGCCUCUAGUUAUAUCAUUAAGAGUACCUCUACGGGUAGUAGGACUAUUGUUAAUUAUAAUGAGCUGCCGGAGAUGACUUUGGCAGAGUUUGUGGAGAUUGCGGGGAGGUUGUCGGCUGCUACUGUUGGUAGUCCUAGAUGGUUUCACUUUGAGGGCCGUAUACCAGAUGUCACGCUGAAAUGUAUACAAUACAUCCGUCAAAACUUCCCUUCCGACAAAAUCAGCGUGGAAGUCGAAAAACCCGGCCGGGAAGGUCUGCAGGAGCUAGCCGCAGCUGCAGAUGUGGUUUUCUACUCGAAAAGUUGGGCACAGGCAAACGGCCACCAAUCCCUCCAGAGUUUCCUACAAGCGCAAUCACAUCUAACGCCCCAAGCAUCGAUUCUCUGCUGCACCUGGGGUGAACAUGGAGCGGCAUGCUUAGACAAGAGCAGCAUGGAAUACAUCCAUUCCCCGGCGUACAUUGACACGCAGCAUGCGGUUGUUGAUACUAUCGGGGCAGGCGACACCUUCAUAGCCGGAAUGCUAUUUAAGUUAAUCCGUCAUCGCGACUCAGGCGACGAUGGUUUCAGUCUUCGGCAGACCAUGGAUUUCGCGAAUCGUCUUGCGGGGCGUAAGGUUAUCCAGGAAGGGUUUGAGGGGCUAACUUAAUGCUGUUGAUGCUGCCGCUCUGUUGUGAGAUAUUCACGUGUAUAUAUAAUAUGAUAUUUAGGUCGAUAUAAGGCUGGCUAUAUUACAUAGCUACUAGCUAACUAGCAAAAAUCCCCCGAAAGAAACUUUUUGCAAAACAUAGGCUUGAGAAAUCAAACAAAGUAGCAUAAGCAAAAUACCUGCGGGAAUUUUGGGUUGGGGGGAGGCGGGUAGGGUAGAAAGCUUUUGGUAGAUUCAUUUGAUAUCCAUACUGUCUCUGCCUUAAGCAUUCUUGCUAUAAUCUAUGCAUAACCUCUUAAAAACCUGGAACUUGUAAUCUAUUUCCUGGGGCCGGCUUAAAAUAGGAUAUAUGGUUUCCCAUCUUUUGAUUCGUGGUUUCGGAAUUUUUUUGUCUGCAGGCGAUGCCUUGAUGGAUGCGUCAUGAUCAAUACCUGAUGGCGACGGUUCGUACAUCGACCAAUUGCUUUCUCAAAUAGUAAUGAAGGUCAAAUAGGUAGUUGUAGCAAAAGCAAAAGUUUGAUGGAAAUUGGCAGUGUCGUAC